UGCUCCUGUGCCGCUCUGCUCCAGAUCUGCUCCCAAGUGGCUUCUAGGAGCCAGCAUGCUUCCACUGCUCCCUGUAGUUGCAAUUGUGGGGUUACUGAGUGAGCUAGAAUUUGCCAGUGCCCGCAAAUCUGAGCCACUGAGCAGUUCUGGUGACCAACCUCUCUUCCGUGGAGCAGAUCGCUAUGACUUUGCUAUUGUUAUCCCCGCAGGCGGCAUUGAGUGUUUCUGGCAAUUUGCACACCAGAGCGGCUACUUCUACUUCAGCUAUGAGGUGCAGUGGACCUCGGGGAUGGGCCAGGACCGACACAUCCUGGCUACUGCAAAUGAUCCCAACAGCCUUCACCUUGGCAGCUCCCAGGAUGUCCGAGGGCAGAUCAACUUCCCCACCAAGGAGACAGGUUUUUACCAGCUGUGCCUGAGCAAUAGGUACAAUCACUUUGGCUCCGUACAAGUUUAUCUCAACUUUGGCGUCUUCUACGAGGGCUUUGACUUACAAACCCCUGAACAUCAGAGGAAAAAAUUCAACGACACACUGGAGGCAAUUGAGGCAAGCACCCGGAAGGUGACUGGCCAGGUCUUCCACAUGUGGCGCUUCUAUAACUUUGCUCGGAUGAGGAAGGGGGCGGACUACUUCCUGGUCCAGGCCAACUACAACUAUGUGAAUUGGUGGUCAGCAGCCCAGAGCCUUGCCAUUGUUGUCUCCGGCGUCCUUCAGCUGUACUUUCUCAAGCGUCUCUUUACUGCACAGCCUGUCAACAAGCCCCUCUGCUAGAGGUUCAUGGAGCACCAAGACCACAAGCAGGCUUAGUCCCCGUAAGCACACAACAGGCCUCAUGUCGGCUGUCCUUCUGGUUGCACCCAUGUUACAAAUAUAGCAUGUUUCACACUGA